AUGAGAAAUUUUUAAUCUUCUUGGCUGACUUCAUCACACUAGAAACACAUAUAAAUCCUUUUUAUAUUUUUGAGAUUCUUUUCUAAUUUUCUUUAAUUAUCUAAAUUUAUUAAUUUUUUAAGCUUCUUGCAAGAGAAUAUAUCUAAAAACUAUGAAUUUACAUAAUUUUUAUAUUACUAAUAAAUAAAAAUUAUACAACUCAGCAAUGCAAGAGAAAAAAUUGAAAACUUAAAUAUGUGCUUAUCAGAAUUGUUUAGCCAUAACCCAACAUAAAUAAUAGUAGUAUAGAGUUUCAUGAAGAAGAGCAUUGUGUUUUAAGCAAAGAAAAAUCUUGAUCCUACCUAUAGUAUUAAGUCAUUUUCAGGGUAAAUAUAUAUUGAGAACAAGGAAGAAUCAAAGUGGACUAACUAAAGAAGGCAAAAACAGAUAGAAAGGAAUAAUGAUUUAAUCAUAAUAUAGUUGUAUAUACAAAAGCAGACUAGAGGAAGCAGCUGUAAUAAAGUUAUUAAGUACUCCUAAUUUGGGUGUAAUUAAUCUAUAACUCUAUUAAGUAAAAUGUAAGAAACAAAAUGA